ACAAUAUUCUUUCAGUGUUCGUCUUUUCCAACUUGGGCGACCCUUUUGGAAGCGCGAUACUUGGGUUAACCCAUCCUAUAGUUGGAUCUGUUUCCAACUGGGGUUCGAAUACAAACACCGGCCCCACACUGGCGGGACGCUGCCGUCUAAUACCCAACAUAUGAGGGGCAGGAGGUCACUCACUACAUAUAAGAUAUAAAGAAGUGAAAGCAUUGGCUGAUUAUUACGGGCUCACCAUAGGCCGUGCUACACGUUCUGAGUAGCUAACUCUGAAACAUCAACAAACAUUGGCUGAUUAUCUCCAGUCAACCAAAGGAGGAGGUUAGCUGGGCAAGGUGUCGAUCCUCAGGCUGAUUGUCUUGUGAAGCUCAUUGUUCACGGAGGACCAGAGGAGAAACACUUGUACCAAGUGUUUAGGUGAAGAGACGUACAAUGGGUCUGGCAGUGUCACCAUUCAUGGAGUAUUUCAUCAUCAUCUCAGCUGUACAUGGGGAGUAUAUUGCUGUCAACUGGACUGAAGUAGGAUCUAGAGGGUCAACCACUGAGUCUCAUUUGGAAGACCCAGCAGUGAAGCCCCUUGCUCCUUGCCCAUGUGACCUGACUUCAAACUUCUGUGAUCCUCAUUGUUGCUGUGAUAAGGACUGCUCUUUGCGUGACAAAAAAUCUUUCACGUGUUUGGAAGGCUUGAAUGGUGGUCAUUCAACGGAUAAGAUUUUAGAUAAUAACUGUAAAUACCAAGGACCUUAUUCACCUGAGUGGCAUGACUUCUUAUGCUUUGUGACUGAGAAUAAUCCUUACCUUGGGCUUUUUUACAAGCCUGAACCUUCAAUUCAGGAUUUUCAAAAAUAUCUAUCACGAGUUAAGAGUGAUGCGUAUAGCUACAGACACACUACUGCUCACCCUCAAGAUCAAGAACGUUUCCCAUAUUAUGUAUUGGGUUCAAGUGUGGAAACUGCAAUCCUAACAAAUUUUACUAUAUUUAAAAACAUUCUGUCAUUGCCACAGCAAAUAUUGAAUGGGUUGUGUGUUAAAACAAUUCCUAUUCAUUUCUUAGAAGAUUUUGCACAUGUGUGUUCCUUGGCUGUAUCUCCUGAGGUAUGCAAAACAGAGCCUCUUUUAAGUGCAGCUACAUUCCUUCAUAAAGCUGAUGGAAUUAUCCGAGAUCCUUAUGUAGGUCAUCUACAUGUUAUUGGUAACCUUGCUGCCCUUCAGAUGGCUGAUGUCUUCGUUGAGUAUGAAUGCCUGUGGGACACUAACAAUUUCAUUAAAGUACAGGGCUUGAAUAAGUUUGUAAAUAAAGGUUCGUCUCAGUUUUGGACAGAACGCUAUAAUUCAGAAACAUGCAGUGGAAAUAAUGUCCCAUUUUAUAAUGAAACUUCUCAAAUGUGUGAAAAUGUAGUACUUAGUGUGGAAUACAAUAUAGGGUGGAGAGGACCAUCCAUUGUUGAAGUUCAUGCUAAAGUUACAUUAGGGGAUGUGGCUGUUACAUUUGAAAGACUUCUUGGAAAAUAUUCGAGUGAAAUUGAUAGGGAGUCAUUCCUUUACAAAAACACAGUGAGUAAACUUGAAAGUGCACUUUCAAAAAGAAGAAAGUUUAUCACUCCAUCAAGAAGUCUUAAACUCUCUCUACUUCAACACUUUUCAGCAAGUUUUUAUCAUAUGGGGUCUUCAAGCACUUCAAAUGAAACAACCGAACUCUUCCGUAAAUUAGAUAGUAAUAAAAUAAAUAUUACGGAUGAUUUUGAAUACGAGUCAAGAAUUUCUGAGAGGUCUGGCAAUCCUGGAUAUGAAGUUGGCAAGCCUGUCAUAGGAGGUUAUGCUAUGUAUAACAUGAGUACAUAUGAGGACAACACUACAUGCAAGAACUUUAUCUCUGUUGAAGUAAGUAACACAACUGGACUCUACAUCUGGAAACCAGAUGCAAGUGGAGGAUGUAAGGAGUCUCUGGAUGAAGUAGUCAGCUUCAAGGUGGAUAUGAUAUCUUCCUGUACUUAUUUCUGGAGGAAUAUCAACAGUUGCAGUGACCUCCGUGAAACAAUUAAGGAUGAAUUUUACUCACUGAUCAAAUUGGAUGUUAUCAGUAAGCUUGGGUGGCCAAACCCUACCAUAGAAAGUGACUUUCUUCCUAUAAUAUUGGACACCCAUGGAAACAGGAUUGAGUCAAACAGUCCUGAUUGCCAAGUUCCAUUUUCUCUAGAGUACAAAAUUCUAUAUCAAGAUACUACUGAUGUUACCAAAACUACUCUGUCUGUCUACCAAAUCAUAGGGACUUACAUCAGGUGAGAUUUAAAUUUUAUAUGGUUUAUAAUGUUUUGUGGUUAUGAGGACAAAAUAUUUGGUACAGUGCUACAAUGCAGCAAAUUUACCAUGGCAGUUCUUUAUUUAUAAGUAUGGCAAAUUUGUAUUUGUACAAAUUGUACUGUACUGUACUCUAUAUACAUCAUAGGUUGUCAAAAACCAGCAGGUGAACAUUAAGAGUUAAUAUAUUAUAUUUUAUUUUUGGAUAAUGUAUAGAUACUUUUUGAUAAUGUUUUAUUCAUAAAAAUUGCUAACCACCAUAUCAUGGAUAGUAACAUUUCAUUCACUUGAACAUCGAUGCUUCGAACCGUAGACUACAAAAGCAGCAGCCCC